UGCAGAAAAGAAAAAUCAAUAUCCUCACAAUGAACUCCUUGGCUGACGAACAAGUGGAGGACUCGAUGCCUAUUGCAAAACCAGUUACUACUACAGGUGAGACCGUGUUGCAACCAUGUUCCAGUAGCGAAAUAACUCUUCAUCUGAAGAGGCAGAAGACACACAACGAAGAUUCUUGUUUGUUUUGCUCUAUUAAGAGCAAGAAGCAGAAGAAGCAGAAGGAAACCGAGAGAGAGAAGGAAGAUUCUUGCUGUUAUGGAUGUGAAGGAGCGACCGGAAAUAGUCUUGAAACCAUUUUCGUUAAGGGAUUUCAACAUUUGCGCCCCAGGGAUGAAAUCAAGAAUGAAUUGAGCAACUUUUUUGCUUCUUGUGGAAAAGUCGUAAGGGUUUUUGUUCCCAUGCAAAUGUGUUACCUGUGUUCCCUUGGGAUUUGCUUUCAUUGACUACUCAAAUGGCGAAAAUGAGGCGUUAAAACUAAAUGGAAGUUACAUGGGAGGAAGAAAGCUUGAGGUGAAGAUGGCUACUGAUAGUGAUGAAUACUACGGGUUUGUUAACUUUGCUGGGUGUGACCUUUGUCGUGGGCCAGGCAAGCGCAAGCUCAGAGCUCGCAAGCCCUUUGACUUCGACAAGGCUUAUUCCAAAAUUCAGGCCGACAAGGCUUAUUCCAAAAUUUAAGCCAAAUUUCACCACUGAACCCGAGCUUCUUUUAUUUUUAUUAUCU